UAGUCAGAGCUGGCCCGAUUGGCAAAUCCAAGCAGAAUGAAUGUAAAAAUAGUUGUACUCUUGAUUUCGAUGCAAUUGGGGCAUUUUGCAAUGUCGCAUGAGACACCUAAUCUAUUUGCUCAAAAGAAUGAGUUGGGCAAAUGCGUUAGCAGUUGCGGAGAUUUCCCGAUCAAAAUUGGCAGUAAGCUUUAUUACAUCGAGACCAAGUUGAAGGAGAACUGGUUUUCAGCAGCGGAGAGCUGCCGCAGGUGGGGCGGAUAUUUGCUGAACAUCGAGAGCGCCACUGAAAUGGAAUUGAUCGUAUCGAUUACUAACUCGGAUCGGUUCUGGGUCUCCGCGAACUGUUUGGCCCAAGAUAGGCAAUUCAUUUCAAUAGCAACUGGUGUGGCCAUGCCCUACAGCAGCUGGCAGCCCGGACAGCCGGACAAUUUGGCUGGCAAUGAAUAUUGCGUUAAAGCGGCAAAAGCCGGACUAUCUGAUGAGCCCUGCGAAACUCGCCUCAACUAUGUGUGCCAAGCGAACAUAUUAUAGGCAACCUAUACCUAAAACAGCAGGAUUAUAGGAAUACGAUGCAAGGUUCACUCGAGUCUAACAUAUUUAAAUUAUAAUUUGUAAAAUUCGUUGAAUGUUAAUACAUGAAUAUUACCAAU